CGUCUAAAUCGGUAUUCACAAAAUGACGUUGACGUAAAAUUACGUCAUAAUCGGACGUAAAUCUACGUCUGCUCGAUAGGUACACGUAUCUUAUCAAACAUGGCGGCGAUUUUGUUUACACUUGCGAGAGAGAGGAGUCUGAGACGUCAGAGAGUUUUCCGGGACCGGACUAACCCCUUAGAUGUUUUCAGCGACCGAGAACUAAUUUGCCGUUAUCGAUUCCCGAGGCGGACCAUCGUUGAUUUCAUUGAGCAGGUGGACAGAAGACUUUCACGACCUACUAACAGGUCUCAUCCUUUGCCUGUUUCAUCUAUGGUGUUGGCAACUCUUCGAGUUCUGUCCAAAGGAGACUUUCAGUCUGAGGCUGCUGACAUACAUGGUAUUUCUCAACCCUCGUUCAGCAGAAUGUUUAUGGGAGUCGUUGAUGCCCUGAAUGCCAGCCUUGACAACAUCAUUUUUCCGAUGGGGCAAGAGGAAAUUCUUCGGACAAAGGAGGAAUUUUUGAGGGUGGCAAAUUUCCCCAACGUAGUUGGUGCCAUUGAUGGAACUUUGAUUCCAAUCAUCGGAAUGACUGGAGACGAUGAGCAUGUCUUUGUGUGCAGGAAAGGAUUUCAUGCCAUAAAUAUGCAGGGAAUCGUGACGGCUGACCUGAGAUUUACAAACAUCGUUUGCAAGUAUGGGGGUGCCACACAUGAUGCAUACAUACUUGCAAACUCGAGCAUUCCCGAGAUAAUGGACCAGCUGCCAGGUGGAGGAUGGCUUUUAGGGGACAGUGGCUACCCCCUUCGUUCAUGGCUAAUGACUCCUUUCCUCACACCCCAAGCAGGACAACAGGAGAAGUACAAUGCCAGUCACAUCAAGACAAGAAACUGCGUUGAGAGGGCUUUUGGUGUCCUUAAGUCCAGAUUUCGGCAAAUGUCUGCACAAAACAGGAGGAGCUUUGGCCUACACCCCUUCAAAAUGUGUAAGGAUCAUCGAAUGUUGCUGCCGCCUCCACAACAGGGCCAUCGAAGACCGCAUUCCAGCACCAGCAACGGGACAAGUACCCAUCUUCUCUGAUAAUGACACUUUCAAUGCUGAAACUAUUGUCAAUGCAAACGCAGUUAACACCAGAAACAUCAUUGUUAGAAGAUUUUAAUUAU